CCCCCCUCCUCCCUGCACACCUUUUAAGACACCUUUAACCUCUACAACGAUGCCCUUGACCAUUUCUUUCUUUCUCCUCCUCGCCUUCAUCCCCUCUUCAACCAUAUGCAGCCGUACCAGGCACAUGAACAAAAACAACGGCAACAGCAACUUAUCAUACCCCACCAUAUACCCACGCUCUUUCCCUUUCUUUCCUUCAUCCCCUCCUGUCCCCUUACCUCGUCUGUGCCUCGCCUUGUUUAUGUUCACAUCCUCUUGCAUCAUUCCUACCCUCUCCAUCCUCCUUGCUCCACUAUAUCCCUCCCAUUCGACGCAACACGCUGUCGUAAGCUCUGUUUUCCUCUUCUUUUCUUUUUCUUUCUUUCUUUCUUUCUUUUUUUUUUGGUGGCAAAAAUAUCAAGUACGUCCAACUCAAUGACGCAUUGCCGCAAACACGCAUCUUUGUCGACCCUCAUCGCCGGGACUCUGUGUCGAGCCGUUAGGAUCCACGCAGAUUGAUAGAUAGCGACAGUUUUUACGGCACCACAUCGAGCUC